UUUAUUUGGUUUGCUAUUUCUUACAUCUUUCCCUUGCUCUGCAUAUUUUUCUUUAAUUAUUACAUAUACAUAUACAUACCAUUCGAAGGGUGUUCAUCCCAAAAUGCAUAGCUAAAUAACUAUGGAGAUUCUUAGUCAUCCAAGACAAGAAAGUCCAGUUACCUCUUGAAAAAGCAUGUUUAUCUUUCCCUUUUUCAGAGUUGGAUCUCUGUAUGGCACCAACAGCGCCUUUCUUGACAGACUGUGCUCUCUGCUCCAGCAGCAGGGAAGGUGUGAGGAGAGAAGAUACUUCGGUGCCACCAGACUGGGUACCAGACAGCACCUCUAGCCACUGUAUGGCUUGCCAUGUGCCUUUCACUUUUCUUCGGCGACGGCACCACUGCCGAAGUUGUGGGAAGAUCUUCUGCUCUCGUUGCUCAUCCCACUUGGCAGCACUACCCCAUUUUAGGCAUCUGAAGCCAGUCCGCAUCUGUACACACUGCUAUACUACCCACUUGCCUUCAACAAAUAAGAAUGCCAGUUGCCUGUGAGCAUCAGUUUCUGGAUGAGGGCUUUAUCAAAUUCCAUUCGUGCCUGAGGAACUCCAAGAACUGGAAGACAAUUGCAGCUUGUCUCACCAGCAAAGGAUUAUGGGAGCAAUCACACUUGUCUUACUAGGAUUCUCCAGGGAGUGAAACAAAGGGCUUUUGGUUGUCAAGCAAGAGUUGGGUUGGAGGAAGAAGCACCAUGUUCUUAAAAGGGGAAAUGAACUCUUGUAUUUUUAUAAUAAAGAACUUGGGAUUUGUGGGGUGGGAACUAGAAUCUAUCAUUAAAGAAGUCUGAACAAACUCUUCUAUGUGCUAAUAAAGCUGGCUUUUUCUAUAAUGGAAUAAUGGCCCAUGUAGAAAUUACUUGGUGCUAUUUACCUGACUUCUGGUAAAACUUAAGAAUAAUGUAUAGUCUUAUGGUUAGUUUUUAACCAAAAAAUGAGAUUGUGUUACCAGAUUUGGAUGCAUGUGCAAUAAGGGCUUUCGGAUACUUCUGGUUGGAAUGGAAAGGCAGGACCUGGAUUUCCAACAAUAAUUUGUGGAGAACAGCCAUGAGCUUUUGCUCUUCAGCUCUUGAUGUGCAUAAGGGCUGCAACACUGUUCGUAUGCAAUGUAUGCUUGUAAACUCUUCUGCCACACUGCGGGAGAUGCUUUGGAAACCUACAGUACCUGGGAUUCAUACAACUCUUUCUGAAAUGACUUAUGAGCUAGUUACCUGCAAACCUGGCUACACUAAAAGAUUCAUUCUCUCUCUCUCCCUCUCUCUCCCUCUCCCCCUCCCUCCCUCUCUCUUUAUCUACUUAUCAUAUCCAUCCAUCCCAAAAGAAGGCAAUGCAAAUCAUUUCCAUACUGCUGCCAAGAAAACUGCAUAAAAUCAAGUCUGACUUGAAUAAACUAAUUUUUUACUUGAAAAAUGCUGUCUGUUGCUAUUGCCAUUUUGUG